AUGUCCAUAAGGGAUGAUGAUUUUUCUCGGGAAGAUCGAGGAAGACGAGCCCUGAAAGAUGGAGAGUGGGCUUGUCCAGAUGCCAAAUGCGCCCAAGUUAAUGCAGAACGUAUCACUCAUUGUGAAGGAUGUGGAAAAUAUAAACCAGCGGCUAAAAGCCGUGUAGGCAAAGAAAUCGGUAAGGAAAUGGCCGAGAAGUCCAAAGGUUUGUUUGCUGCUGAAGACUGGGUGUGUUCAAAAUGUGGUAAUGUUAAUUGGGCUAGGAGGAAAUCGUGUAACGUGUGUAAUGCUCCAAAACUAGCUGAUCUCGAGAAAAGAACUGGUUAUGGAGGAGGAUAUAUGGAUAGGCAAGACGUCGAGUAUGUGAAAAGAGAUUAUGAUGAAGAGUUCGACGAGUUCGGUCGGAAGAAAAAACGAGUAUCUGAGGGUAGAGGGAAAAAUUCCCCUGAUGGUUCAGACAAUGAGGAUGAUGAUGAAGAUGAUGACGGUGAACUCAUUGAAGAGAACUUAUCAAAGUAUAAAUUGGACGAUGAAGCAGAAGAUGAGGAAGAAGAUGAAGAUGAUGAGGAUGAUUUGGGUAAAUAUGAUCUCACAGCUGAUCCUGAUCUCAUAGAAAGAAAAAUAGAAACAGUUAAGCCAAAAAAAAUUGAGGAAAGCGAUUGUUCCUGCUCAUGCUCUGGAGGAGAAUGCUCAUGUGAAGAGAGUGAAUGUGAAAAAGAGAAAGAGCAUGAUCGUGGUAGAGAUCGAGGCAAAGUUCACAAGUCUUCUCGAGAACGUGAUAGAGAACGUGAUGAUAGACAUAGAAGACGAUCGCAGUCCAAAGAUAGGAAAAGAAGUAGAUCUCGAGAUAGGAAGCGUAGUCGUUCUAGAGAGCGUAGACGUAGUAGAUCUCGUGAAAAAAGGAGAAGCCGAGAACGAAGGGACAGAUCUCGUGACCGUAAGCGUAGUCGAACUCGUUCUCGGGAGAGGAAAAGGGAUCGUGAAGAAAGAAGAAGAAGUCGUUCUAGAGAAAGAAGGAGAUGA